AUAUAAAUAUGACAACAAAAAUAGUGCAGUGAUAUUCGAAAUUGUUUGAGCCAAUGCUGCAUCAGGUAUUACAUCAUUGUUACAGCCAGCAGUCGGAGCUAAUGAAUAUUAAAAAUAUAUCAUUGCCGGAAUGCGUAAAGCAAUUGGACAAAAGACAGCAGCUGGCUGGGGAAUACAACAACAACAAUGAGGAUUACGAUCCGUACAUGCAAAAACAGAAACAGAUGCAUCGAGUGCGUGAAAAGCUUCCGUGCGCAAACGAAGAUGCUUCAGAAAGCUCACGGACAUGGAUGUUCUGCGAACGGUGCUGUGGAGAGAGACAACAGAAAGAGCAAGAGCAAGAGACAGAGACAGAGAAAGAGCGAGAGCAAAAGCAAGAACAAGAGUAUCAACAGAAACAGCAGCAGCCUGGCAUCGUAGCUUUUUAUCGCUCGUAUAUGGAUUCAGUGUCUGAUUUGUCGUCGUAUCGUUUUGUCUCCGAUGAGGAGGAAACCAAUGAUAAUGAUGUUGAUGCUAAUGAUGACGUUAGUGUUGGCUCGCUGUCGCUGCCGUGUGUAGAAAUAGAACAACACAAGUCAAAAACAUCAACUAUAGCACAAUACAUAAACGAAUCGACGACGGAUAAGGCCUUAAACGUUGAAGUGCCCCACGCGUCAGCAUUUUUUCUACCACACGAAACGCGGAGUGUGUUACCAAUAAUUCAUUAUAGUAAUUCUAGCAAAGUUACUCAGCAACAGCAGCAAAAGCAACUGAAACACCAACAGCAGCAGUUAUUAAAAGUUUCUGAGCCCGAUCCAACAUCUUUUCGAAAUAGUUAUGCUACAAUUGGACAUUGGCCCAAUGACGCGUGCCGCUCUAGCAGGCAUUAUAAUUAUAGAUCGUAUCUACGUUGUGGUCGUCGCUAUCCGCCGCCAGUGCCACCGAAGCCCAAAUCGCGCAAUCGAAUUUGCUUUGAAGUCACCGCCUGCAGUGGCAUCUAUAAUGCUGAGCCUGCACUGAAAACACGUCGAUUGGAACAUUUUGAAAAACAGAAACUUAUCCAACCGCGAUUUGUGCCUUUUGUUGUGUCGGAUAAUCAUACUUCGAAGCGUGGAAUCAGGAGCUGCGCUGAUCCAAAAAACAUCUAUUCGAACGCCAACGAAUGGACGUCAGUGGAUGCUGAAAAUAGCUGCGAAUUUCAUUCUGCUGACAACAAUCGCAACAACUAUAAUUGGAAAUUCGACGCAACGUCAAAUAAACAUUUGCCAUUCAAAGAAACUUGUACAUUGCGCUACGAUCAUUACGGGUAUCUGAAAAAAAUAUCUAAUCCCAACUGCAAUCCGAAACAAAAAGGGGUCGCGAACCCAGCACGGGACUCAGACAAAUCGCGUACCAAUAGUGACGACAUUUUUGAAUAUUAUAAUGCUGCAAAUCUACUUAGGCCCGCAGCAGGCAUUGAUUUCCUUAAAACUGCAAGCUCGAAUGAGUUUGAUGUAUCCGAACCACCUGAGAUAACGAAUAAAGUACAAAUUUUUAACGGCGAGUCUUCUUCAAUUCAUGUUGCAAAGAAUAUUCACAGUUUUGGCAAGAAAUGUUCCCAGUCAACCUUGGCUAGAAUAUCUGUGGAGAGUCCCAGAUAUACCGGUUGUUGUUCCCUGAAUUGUACAACACCUCAACACAAAACGGCUUCUUUGCCGAUAAAGGACGUUUCAGCUACUCAAUCUCUGGACAAUUCUCUUUACGCAUGCUCAUCAGUUGGACUUAACUGCGACAGAGAUCACACGAUGGACAAACGACGCAACACCUUGGACCGAUUUCAACGUCUGACUUUUGGGCGCAAAGCAAAACCAACAGCUUCCGCUGAGGCUGCCUCUCCAGAGACCUGCAGGGCAUCCAGUGUAGACAAGCAGCGCAAUAGUUCUGAACGAUCGGAGCGUCUCAAAGAACUGACGGAGCUUUUGCGUGGUGGUGGCAACAGCUCACGUGCCUCCUCGACGCCCACACCGCCGCCCGUGCCGCCGCCACGCAAGCCCCGCAUACCUCACAAUAGUUCGACAGCGAGCAGCAUUGAAAUUCCGGAAAGUCAGCUACCUGGGGGCUCGGAAGACUCCGACGCAGCCAUGACGGGCCACUUGCAAAAGCAGAGCGGCACAAACAACAACAAGAGUGGAAGUGGAAGUGGAAGUGGCAAUGCCAGCGUGCCUGCUACAGCCGCACGACUCUUGCACUCAAUGAGACCAAACGCGAGUCUCUCCAAUUUGGAAGCUUUCGUGCUGUGCACUCGCGAGAAAUCCAAAUCACCGCCGCCCCUGGCAGUAGGCGACGAGGUCGACGCAACCAGUAGCGAGUGGCCUACGCAGCUGUCCACAGCAGAGUCUCGCACUGGAAGCAGCCCCAGCACCCAGAAAGGAAUAUCGGCGUUUCGCUCAGUAUCGUUCUCACAAAUUGACUGUAAAUCAACCCUAAGUGCGUUGCGCGAUCGGCUGCGGCGGGACAAGGCCAUUGAGGCCCCCGUUCCGAUCCAAAGGGACACCAAAAUAAUAGAGUCUUUGGAUUUUCCGAGCGUAAAGCCCGAUCCGGGCUGGGUGCACAUACCGCUCAAGAGCACGGGCCUAUCGAUUAACCUGAACUACGGCCAAGAGAAGUCGCUGGAGCACGUUCUAGAAGAUGUGCCGGACAUCAUAAGCGAAGAAGAUAUAUUCAAUACAGACAACUGCAGUGCCACGGGCAUAUUACCAGCGACUGCCAGCAGUGUCAUCGCGGCACACGCCAAAAUGGAGUCGCUAUCGGAUACAGUACAUUCGGAGGGCGAAUACAAUGUCAACAAGGACUGUGUGACUGUGGUUACAGAGGCGCCUAAUGUAGUGGAAGCCCCACUCGUAAGCACGGAACUUAGUGUAUCGGAAGUUAAUGAAUCCGAAGUUAAUGAAUCUCAAGUUGAUGCAUCGCUAGCUAAUUCAUCGGAGGUUGGUGACUCGCAAGUUAGUGAAUCGCAAGUUAAUGAACCAAGUUCGGAUAACGUGGAUGAGCAGCCGAAGGCUGACUCUCCGUCAUCUAAUAUUUUGCAAACAGCCACCACUUGCCUAAUACCUGUUCCGGUCUAUGAGUGUGCCUCACAAGAGUGGCUGGAGACACCCGCUCAAGAAUGGGUUGAGCUGGCACCAGAAUUCGGCAUUGUGCCCGAGACAAUGCAGCCGCCCGUUCCGCAUGCGGCAUGCAAAGUAAUGCAAACAGAGACACUAACGACUUUGCCCAGCAAUUUGUUGCCAACAAUAUCGGUGAGUCGCAGCUCUGAGGAGGGUGACGAACAGAGGAAAGACAUAAUCUUAUCGCCGGCAGAAUCAAUAUCGGAUCGGCUCAGUGCGCUCGAUUCAGUUGACGAUCAGCGCCAGCAAGAAGAUCUUGAUGCAGAGCUGCAGAGCUCCGACGCAAUUGCAACGCCGCGCCACAGCACUGGGGAACGUCAAAAGCGCCACUUGGACAAAUCCACGAAGCGUAAGGGAAUGUACAUAGAUAAUUCCGAUUGGCACCAGCCAGUAGUGGAGCCGCACCGUGGCCUAGCCUUAGAUUUGUCUAUUGUCAAUUUUCAAGCGAUUAGCCCUGAUUCGCCAGACGAUUCGCAGGUUGACACCAACAGUCCCGACAUGUUUGUAGCGCAUACGCCAGAGCUUGAGAAGGGUUCGCCCUUGUGGAGAAGAUCCAGUGACCGGACGCAGCUAUUGAGCAGCUUCAGCUGUCAGAGCAGCGAGGAAAAGGACGAUGCCGUCAGCAAUAGCAACAGCAAAAACAGCAUUCUGCACACUGACUCCAUGUCGGAUACCGAGGAACGCAUCAGCUGGAGUCCAACGCCCAGCGGAGACUACGAAAGCAAGCGCUAUUCGAAGCGACCGCUCACGGUGCGCGGUCCGUACGGCCAAAUGAUGGAAGCCGAGCUGAAGAAGCCGAAUCGCAAGCAGUACGACGAGAUUCUGGAGGAAAUGCGCGAGAGUGAUAGGCUCCACCCACGUCGCGAGCACAGCGUAGCCGAGAGAAAGCCUUCGCUUGGCUCCACGCGCAACAAUAUGCCGCAGUACUCGAACUCGAUGCGUGUGCGGAAGUCGAGUGCGUAUUUGCCAGUGCCCACCCAUGCCCGGGCAGCCUCGACUCCUUCGCAAAUCGAGCAUGCCAACAAGCCCACUUCGCAGUCCAGCAAGGAUCUGAGCGAGACGAUAUCGAUGGCUGAGAAGCAGUCGCAGCACCAGAUCAAACGAGCCGCCUCCGAGGCGCCCACAACGAAAACGCAUCAUAGCAAGCGCAAUCUGUCAAUGACUAAUGAGAGCAAGAGUCCGCAUCAUCACAGCCAUCACCAUUCAAAGCGGAGUCUCGACGAGGGCAACAGCAGCGUCAGCAAAUCGAAGCAGUCCCAUACCGCUGGCGUCCCGCCCACGGCAGCCUUGCUGGCGGAGCUGCUGAAGGGCUCCAGUGAGAACAUGAUUUCCGAGCAGCGCCAGAAAAUGAUUGCGGACACUCGCACUUACGUCGUGCAAGAGAUUUACCGCAACGAGCAAUCCUACGUGGAGUCCCUGCAAACAGUUGUGCUCAAGUAUCUGAAAGUGCUGAAGUCCCCGGAGCAUGCGGGCAUGAUUGAUACCCGGACUGUGGAUGAGAUAUUCUUCAUGGUGCCCGACAUACUCGAGAUACACGAGAAAUUCUUGGCCGAGUUGAAGCACCGGCUCGACGACUGGGAUAUGCAGCAAAAAGUGGGAGAUGCAUUUAUUGAAACGUUUUCGAAGCUGGAAGUGCUCGAGGUUUACACGUCAUUCGUCAACAACUGUAAUCGAGCCAAGAAUGCCAUUCGUUCAAUGAAGCACCAGCGACCCUCGUUUUCCAAAUUCUUGGAGACAACGGCCCGCGAGCACAAGGGAAAGCUGACAUUGGACAAUUUACUUAUAAAACCGGUGCAAAAGUUUCCAAACUACGAACUGCUCUUUCAACGCCUCAUAAAGCACACAGAUCACGACCAUCCGGACCAGAAACAUUUACAAGAGGUGCUGAAGCUCGUGCACGACAUUUUGGUCCACAUCAACUGCAAGGAGCGCGAGAUCAUGGAGAAUGGACAGCGAGAAGCGACAUUGCGGGAACUGGAAGGCGUCAUAGAAGGCAUAACCGAUUUGAUAGCACCAGAUCGGCAGUUCUUGCUUUUCGACUUAGUGUCAAUGCCAUCGGGGCAGGGUGCGCGCAAGGACCGCGGCUUUUUCCUCUUCAAUGACCUUUUGGUGCUCACUAGCAUUAAGAAACGCAGUGGGACUAUUAGGAAACCAAACAGCUCCAUUUGCCCCGGGUCAGUGGCCAGCACCUUGGACACCAACAAAUACAAGUUCCUCACCAAAAUUUCUUUGGAUUGCCUCGAGAUUGUCAAGUCUAAAGAUGAAAAUAUAAAGCGCAUCGUAAGCGAAAUCGAAAGCCUGACCGAGGACUGCAACAAAUUGCAACAGAUAAGUGAGAUCACAGCAUCAAUCAAGUAUCCUCAUCAGUAUCUCGAAGACGUCAUCCGAGAGCUGCAUCGCGACAUUCAGAGACAACUGGCCGAGCGCCAGGCUAACGACACGCAGCUGAAUAUGUUGGAGCUGACCGUUAGCUCGCCUAAUGGAAGCCAGAAGCUGACGGUGGUAUUCAGCAAAACAGAGAGACGUGCCAAUUGGGAGGAGGUAUUCAAUGAGGCGAAAUUAAAAUUGGCCGCUACACAAGAGCGACAUCCCAUUCCAGAGUUUCUUACAUCAAUUCCUAUACGCAAGACACGCGCGGGUCUUCAAUUUACCUGCGCGGCUGCCACGCUGAGCGACAAGCGAGAUGUUUGGGUCUGCAAUAGUGACGGAUACGUGGGCCAAGUGUGCAUAAUGUCCUUGCAUCCGGAGCCAAACGUCACCAGCUGCAACGGUGUCUGCAAUGCGCGCAUCCUUUGCGUGGCUUCCGUGCCCGCGUAUACCACCAGCCCAAAUGAGCGGCUCAGUGGACAGGAGGAGAAGCCACCGACCAGCACACAACAGAAUAGCUACACACAGCAACUGCGCGACUAUCGCAAAAGCAUCUCGCCCAUUGGCCAGGCAGCGUCCGCCUUGAGCGUGGCAGAGAAAAAGAAAGCCCCCACUUCGAAUACCGAUAACGGCUCUGAUGCUGCUGGCGGCGGGAGCAGUGAUACCCAGCUAGACUUAAACCUGAGCUCAAGCGAUGACGAGGCGGAUGCUGUCUCCACUGCAGCACUAGAGCAACGUAUGCCCAGCCCUGCACCCUCACUCCAUGCCACAUAUCACGGGCAUCAAGACUCCAAUCCCGAUGAAAGCGAAAGCAAUCAAUCAACAAUGUGGAUCGGCACUGAAGACGGCUGCAUUCAUGUCUACAACAGUACUGAUAACAUACGCAUCAAGAAGAAUCGCAUUAAAAUUGAACAUCAUUCAGCUGUAUUUUCCAUACUAUACCUGGACAAUCGUGUUUUUGUAUCCUUGGCCAAUGGCGACAUCUGUGUUUAUCUGAGAGAUGGCGCCACUUCCUGGAAUACGUGCUCAUCGCAUCGUCUCUCAAUAGGCACAGUGUCGAGUCCGGUGACAAAGUUGCUGAACGUAAAUGGAAAGCUGUGGUGCUCAAUACAGGGGAUUAUCAAAGUGUUAGAUACCGAGUCCUUUUCGGUUGUCAAUCAAAUACAAAUAUCCUCGGACUCAAAACCAAUUACGAACAUGACUGUGGCAAAUAAUUUUGUGUGGAUAUCAAUACAAAACUCAGCUCACAUUAAGUGCUUUCAUUCCAAUACCCACCAACUAAUUACGGAAGUCAACCUUGCUCCGGCAGUCAAUAAGAUGUUGUCCAAUUGCGACGAAAUAAUUAGGCAACAUAAGGCCGCUUGCCUUCGCGUGACGUCACUUCUGUGCUGUAAGGAUCUUAUUUGGAUUGGCACGAGCGCAGGUGUUCUGCUAACAAUACCAGCCCAGGGCUAUGAGAAGGGCGCGCACAAUAUAGUACCAACAGGCAUACCUCACGGCCAUACGGGACAUGUGCGAUUCCUGACCUUUGUGGAAUCGCCAACCCAUGGCCUGGAGGGGUGCUCUCAAAUUGUAUCGGCUGCCAGCUCUCGAGAAACUGGAAGCGGCACCAGUGACGACUAUACUAAACAAGGUUCAACAAAGAACUCGAAGGCGAAGUCGGAAACCAAGAAUAUUCUUAUUAUAUCUGGCGGCGAUGGCUACGAGGACUUUCGCAACUCUGGUGCCAAUUCGCUGAGCGAAAUCGCUGGUCGCGAGGACAGCACCAAUCAUUUAUUAAUAUGGCAAAUUUGAAGCAGAAGACGUAAAAAUCGCUGGCGCUUAUUGCUUUCGAGAUGGAAAAACAACAACUGAAAUCGCCUCGGGCAGUUCCAAAUCUGUAAGCAACUUGAAACUUGACAAUGCCAAGUAGACCUCAGCGAUUUUUAUUGAACUAAGUUGCCAAAGAA